AUCGUGUCCAUGUCCCUUUAAUGAUAAAGGAAACUACUGAAUGCAUCCAACCAUUAAUUCGCCCAUCUACAGUCUUUUGCUAAGUCAUGGUUGAUGAUUUAGUCCUGACAGAGUGGGUUAUCAUGGCAACGACAAUGUGAUUUUGGAAAGAAAAAAAAGUUAUAAAAUGAGAGAAUUCUAGACCGAUAUUUGUACCUGCGUAACAUCUUGGAACACGUAUUUCGUGAUGACGUCAGCGAAUCGAACUGAGCAGAUACGCAACCUCGAAGAUCUUGUGAGUAGAGUAAGCCAGGGUUUUCCACUUUUGCCGCAAUGCAUAGCUAACGCCAAAGUCCAGUACGAAAGGCUGAAGUCGAACCAUGCUUCUAAAGCUGAUGACGGAUAUUUAGAUUUAAAAGCUGUUGUUGCCAAGGCGCAGAGUUUCGGCAUUGCAGGGUGGACUGAAGCCAAAGUUGAGCUUGACAGAUUGUUGCUGAAGGAGAAUAACCUUCAGAAUGGACAUGGACAGCAACAGAUAACAAAGCCUUUCUCGCAAACUCUACCAGCAGCGUUACCGAGUGGCAGACCUGCAGACGACAUGAACAAGAAGCGAUCAAAUUCGCCCUCUCGAGCAGACCGUAUGAUCACAGUAUCUGCUCUCGAGUACAAGAGACUGGUAGAAUCAGAGAGCAUGAACAAGGCCAAAGUAGAAGAACUGACCAACAGGUUAAGUAGUUUUGUAAGCAAGCAGCUUAAAGAUGGAAAUCCGAACAUAGCCGAUCUUAGCGACAAGAACCGACCAACAAAACUUGGGGAACAGUUCGAACAACUGUACGACAACGAGUGGUCAGAUGCCUACGAAUGUCUGAAGGAAGAUACCAAAGAGGAGGACAAAAUCGUGCAGACACUAGUGGACAUAACACAGAGGGUACAUGAAUUCUGUUGUGACUUUUCACAACAACAGCUGAAUAGACUGGAGGGUUACUAUAGGGUACCAAUGACAGAAAUCAAAUGGACCGUUCAGAGCGACGAUGGGGAUCAUGUAAUGCAAUCACACAGAAAUCCUGAGGACAAAACAGCAUUUUUUGAAUUACCAAAGUACAUCAAAGAGAGCAGGAAGGCUUGUGCUACUGCAUCCAUCCCAGCUCUGAGAGAGGUGUUUAAAGGGUAUGUUUACAGAGAGCAUUUCUCAAACAUCACACUGAAGAGGAAUUUGGAAGCGUAUAUUGACAAGUGUGUAGAGUGCAUAUGGCUGAUGGUGGUGCAAGAUCCACCCAUGGACUUACGAUACGCUCGUAAGGGAGAAAACUUGGAUACCACUGCAUUUAAAGUUUUUAGAAAGAAGGGAACUGUGGUGCAGGCAUGCAUUUGGCCGGCAGUUUAUCUACACAAGAAUGGACCUGUUGUUUGCAGAGGAUUUGUACUGCCACAGUAAAUGUACACUAUUAAAUCGACUACUGCGGGAUCUCUAGAAUAUUUACAUGUAGACUGAAAGAUUAACUUUAUAACAUGGAAUUCUGGGUAAACUGUAGAACUAGACACAUACUGUAAAAGUGGUUAUUUACGCUGGGGAUCAAGUAUACGUUUUUCCUCAUCCAACAUAACGCGUUAGAGAAAAAUACACGGUAAAUGAAUAUAAUACCGGUAUAUAUUAUAUCAAAUAUUUAUAACUAUACACAUGGGAGUUUACACACGUAUUACGUGACUGUAAUUAGUGUGAAUUUCCCCCACACGUAAAUAACCAGUUUUACAGUAGACAAUACACACCCUCCAGCCUUCGUACAGUUCUUGUUCUGUGGAGGACUGAUCAGAAAAUUUGAUUGUUACAGUGUAUUCUCAUUAAUAAAAAAUAACUGACA